GCCUGGUUACCUCUCUUUUCUUGUCCAUCUUCAUUCUCUCAGCUAAACAUGCUUCGGCCUACUAAUCUCCUUCCCUUAUUUACCUUCAUAUUCUUGUCAUGCUGCAGUAUUAACGGCGUCGUUUCAGAUCCACAGACCAAUCUUCUCAAGACCCGGUGCAACCCAUACGACAGGUUCGUCGUCACCAACAUCUCCAUCUUCAGUGAAAACCUAAACGCAACGUUACAACACAUCAGAGAGCAGAUCAGCGUUCAAAACAAGUUCUUCGCCACGGCGGCAAAGGACGCCAAUGGAGAAAACCCAGUCUACACUCUCUUUCAAUGCAGAAACUAUCUCUCCAUCGCUGACUGCGUCGCAUGCUUCGAUGUCGCUGCUGGAGAAACCCGCAGCUGCACUGCCACCAUGGCCUCGGCUGCCCUGGUCGUCUACGACGGUUGCUUCAUGAGGUACAACUCCAAUGGUUUCUUUGACGAGGCGCCACAGCCUUCCAAUAUCGUGUCGUGCGGGAAUCAGACUACAGGAGAAGCCACUGCAUUUACAACAACAGUGAGACAAGUGCUAAUGAAUCUCCAAAAAGCAACACCUAGAAUCCCCCGUUUCUCUGCAGCCACGAAGAUUCAUGUCCCUAAUAAUAAGGGUGCAACUCUUUAUGCUUUUGCUCAAUGUGUCGAUACUGUCACAGUAAAGGAGUGCCUUGAUUGCUUGAAGGUUGAGUACAGCAGCGUGGAGAUUUGUCUUCCCAAUUCGGAUGGUACGGCUUUUGAUUAUGGUUGUUUCAUGAGAUACUCCACCACUUCCUUUUUUGCCGAUAACCAGACCAUUGACAUUACACCCUUGAUCAAACAAGGUUCAAGCAAUAAGGGGCCCACUAUUGGUGGAGUAGUUGGUGGUAUAGCUCUUGUUUUGGUACUCCUUGGAUUGUUUGCCUGGAUUAGACGACCUAAAAAGAAAGAGAGAAUUCCUAGAGAAGGCAUAAUUGGAGCAAGCAUGUUGAAAGGCCCAAUUACUUACAGUUAUAAUGAUUUGAUGUCUGCAACCAACAAUUAUAGUGAAGAAAAUAAACUAGGAGAGGGAGGAUUCGGGGCUGUAUACAAGGGCACUUUGAAGGAUGGAAAAGUUGUUGCUGUCAAGAAAUUGACCUUAAACCACUCAAAGAGGAUGGAGGAAGAUUUUGAAAGUGAAGUGAAGCUCAUCAGUAAUGUUCAUCAUCGAAAUCUUGUUCGACUUCUGGGAUGCUCUAGUAAAGGCCAUGAUAGAAUCCUUGUUUAUGAAUACAUGAAAAAUAGCAGCCUCGACAGGUUCUUGUUCGGUGAAAGGAGAGGUUUUCUCAACUGGAAACAACGAUAUGAUGUAAUUUUAGGAAUUGCAAGAGGUUUAACAUAUUUACAUGAAGAGUUUCAUGUUCGUAUUAUACACAGAGAUGUAAAGACUUACAACAUUCUCUUAGAUGAUGAUCUUCAGCCAAAAAUUGCAGAUUUCGGGUUGGCAAAGCUCUUACCUAAUGACAUAUCUCACCUUAGCACAAAAAUUGUUGGAACAUUGGGAUAUACAGCACCAGAGUAUGCAAUUUAUGGUCACUUAUCAGAAAAAGCUGAUAUUUAUAGUUAUGGUGUUGUCAUCUUAGAAAUCAUCAGUGGUCAAAAUUGCAAAGAAUUAGAGCUCAACGGUGAUGAUGAAGGCAUAUUCCUAAUUAAAAAGGCGUGGAAACUUUAUGAGAAAGAGAAGCACUUGGAGUUAGUGGACAAAGCCCUGGACCCUAAUGAAUAUGAUGCAGAAGAAGUGAAGAAAAUCAUAGAGAUCGGUUUGCUUUGCAUCCAAGCAUCUGCCGAUGUAAGGCCAACGAUGUCCGAAGUAGUUGCUUUGCUUCAAAACAUGGAUUUAUUAGAGAACUUGAGACCCACCAUGCCUAUCUUGAUUGAAAUUAAUUAGAGGGUUCAUGCAUUGGAGACUCCUCUACUUGUACUGGUUCCUAUAAUAUUUGAUGUUAUUGCCUUUACUAAUUUUAUACUAUCAGAAAAGAUAAUUGUGUGUAAAUAGAUCAGUGUUGAAAAUUUUAUGUGAAUUAAUUGUUAAAAAUAUUAA